GGUGUACAACAUUUUCAUUCACUAUUUCUCGAGGAAGAUAUUUUUCUCAACUAUUAGCUUUACGACACCGUUUCAGAGCUUCCUCACCCAGUGAAGAACCAAACUUUCUCCACAGCCAUGCUGACAGAAAUGAUGGUAUAAAUUAAACCAAUAAACGGUCCAAAUGUUCGAUUGAAACUUUCUCUGUUGAAAUACACCCAUGGCUCAAGUGGCAAGAGGCGCAGUUUGUGGUCGCUUACCUCUCAUUCAUCGCUCGCAGUUGCCUAUCACUACUGUGAGCACGCCGACACGGAAGCUCAACUUGAAAUAUGGCACCACUAAGUUUUCCCUCUUUGCCAGAUAUUCACAGUCGCAGGACCUUUUCACCAGCCGUCUUCAAGAUAGUAUUCAGAACUUGCCCAGUCUUUUGGAGGAUAUUGUUCAGACAUCUAUAAAAACUGGUCCUCGUGGAGCACUAAGACUGGCUCAAGGCAUCCAAGCAGUUGUAGGUGUUGGUAGCGAGUGGUUGGCUGAUGCUUCUAAGGCAGCAAGUUCAUCUGGUGGAUUUCCUGCUGAGUUGCAGCUUGGAUUACUGUCACCUGCUUACUUGAGGAAGUUAUUCGAAUGCAUGGGGGCCACAUACAUCAAAUUAGGUCAGUUCAUAGCAUCUGCACCGACAUUAUUUCCUCAAGAGUAUGUUGAGGAGUUUCAGUACUGUUUCGACAGAGCUCCUUCGGUUCCAUUCGAAGAGAUUCAAGAUAUCUUAGGUAAGGAGUUAGGCAAGCCCAUCGACUCUGUGUUUGAGUAUGUGGAACCAACACCUAUAGCCUCUGCUUCCAUAGCACAGGUACAUGGUGCUAGAUUGAGGGGCAGUCAAGAGGAUGUAGUUAUAAAGGUGCUAAAACCCGGUAUAGAAGAUAUACUGGUGGCAGAUUUGAACUUUGUUUAUAUUGUUGCACGCAUCUUGGAAUUCUUGAGUCCUGACCUAAGCCGAACAUCUCUGGUUGCUAUAAUCAAAGAUAUAAGAGAGUCGAUGCUCGAAGAAGUUGACUUUAAGAAAGAGGCUACAAAUGUUGAGGCCUUCAGGAGAUAUUUGGAUGCAAUGGGACUCACAAUGCAAGCUAUGGCACCAAAAGUGUAUCAAGAGUACAGUAGCAGACGGGUCCUUACAAUGGAAAGGCUUUAUGGUGUCCCUCUCACGGACUUGAACUCCAUAAACUCGCUUGUUCCAAAUCCGGAAAAUAGUCUUAUAACUGCCUUAAAUGUCUGGUUUGGUAGUCUGCUUGCUUGUGAAAGCUUCCAUGCAGAUGUACAUGCUGGCAAUCUGUGGUUGCUCCGUGAUGGUCGCAUUGGGUUCCUUGACUUUGGAAUAGUGGGGAGGAUUUCGCCAAAAACAUGGAGUGCUAUGGAAGUAUUUCUGCAAUCACUCGCAACUGAAGAAUACGAGUCGAUGGCUUCUUCCUUGAUCGAUAUGGGUGCUACAAGUCAAAAUAUAGACUCUCAGGCCUUUGCAAGGGAUCUUGAAAAGAUAUUCUCCUCAAUACAGGCAUUAUAUUGUUUAUUGACGCAGGAUCUUGAUACAGAAAUCAUUGUUGCUGCUGCAAGGGAACCUAAUACAAAUUCAACUGCAGUUGCUGCAAAUGUCGUUUUUGAUGAGAGACAAAUGAAUGUACUAUUUCUAGAUUUGGUUCGUGUUAGUGAAUCAUACGGUUUGAGAUUCCCUCGGGAGUUUGCACUCCUCAUGAAGCAACUACUUUAUUUCGACCGAUACACACGGCUUUUGGCUCCCAAUCUGAACAUGCUGAAGGAUCAGAGGAUUAACAUUUCUCCAAACCAAAGGAGCCGAAAUAUCUAUCAGUGAGGUUUGGUAUGAAAAUUACAAUGGGCAAUAUAGUCAUUUUCUGGGGAUGAUUUCUAUCAUGUUCCACUUACUCCUAGUAAGGUUACUUUCCCUGUCAAAAUUUCUGAUAUAUACUUGAAAACAAUGUAAAAUGUAUAUAUACACAGUGAUAAAAGGUGAUAGAUUAUCGUUUUUCCGCCUUUCCCUCUUUGUCGUCACAUUAGAAGUGAGUUGCUUCACUUGGCUUUAUAUGCUACCUGUAGAGUAGCACAGGCUUGAACCCAUUAUUACUGUUAAAUUGAGCUAAAACUAUUGUAUCUAUUAUAAAUCCUUUAUUUAAUUUAAAAAAAU